CUCACACACGCAGAGAGGCUCAGACCUUCAGGGAAAUAAGAAAAGAUGUUUGAAGCUCCCCUGAGUUGGACGACUUCAUGUGACAGGGGAAGCAUGUGGAGGAAAAUCUGACAGAGUGGCAGAAAGCAGAGAGGGGAAGAAAAAAAAAGGAGCAGUUGGAAAGUGUGUGUUUUACGAAGCGCGAGAGUGAGCAAGAGAGAGAGAGAGAGAGUUUACAGGAGCUGGGCAGAGAGGAGGAGGGUUUUCUGUACUUUAACUCACACAUCCAUUGGACCUCAACCAGCCGGUGCGACAUGCUCUUACGUGGCCUUCUGACAUUAACGUAACCAGAGAGGAGAAGGAGGGAAAGUAAGUGGAGGAGAAGGGUCAACUCACCAGGAAUUCUCAGAACAUAAGGAAGAAAAACGAUGUGAAUUGGCUGAUCAUCAUGUGGAAUCAGAGCAUUUGCUUCAUACAGCAGAAAAAGUUCAGUAACGGCGCACCGAGACAAAGCCUGACAAAGGCCUACUGGACUUGACAGCAUCAAAAAGAGAAGCCAGCUGGUAGGUCAGAAGCAGGGGGAGCGAGAGAGGAUAUGUGUGAGUUGAGACAGACGAUGUAAGGUAAAGCAAAAGAUGAGAAGGAAGACAACUAGAUUGAGGAAAGGAGCACUAGAGACUGAAGGUGAGCAUUGAGAGGUCAAGUUUGAGAGAGAAAGGAAGCAAAGAUUAAAUUACAUACUCUGAACAGGCAGUCACUGUUAAGACAGAAAUAAGCAGGAAUCGCGAUGAUCAUGCAUUUUCGUCGCAUCCACAAGUUCAAGUGCGUACAGCUGAUGACCACAGGCCUGGUACUGUGUAUGGUGAUGGUCUCCUGGGAGGACCUGGACCACCAUGUAGUCAGCCACAUGAGAUCCUAUACGUACCGCUAUCUGGUCAACAGCUAUGACUUUCUCAAUUUAUCAUUCAACAUCGCUUCCAAACAUCACCAUGGUCAGGAUGGUUCUGCAAGUGUGGAUUGGAGAUUAGGGAGAUAUCCAUACCUCCUUAACCACCCAGGUAAAUGUAAAGUUGAUGGAAAUGGCUGGGAGGAUGUUCUCUUGCUUCUUUUCGUGAAAACAUCACCAGAGAACUUUGAGCAGCGUCAGGCAAUCAGGGAGACAUGGGGAAACGAGAGCUUCCUUUUGUCAGAACUGAGGGCAAACGUGAAGGUGGUGUUUGCCCUCGGCAUGCACCCGGAUAUCAAGCGGAGAUCAAGAGUUCAGAUUGCACUGCAGCAGGAAGACCAAGCCUAUAGAGACCUGAUUCAACAGAACUUUGCGGACACUUUCCACAACCUGACUGCCAAACUGAUCCUGCAGUUCCACUGGUGCCAUGAGUACUGUCCUCAAGCACGGUUUUUCAUGUCUGCGGACGAUGAUAUCUUUAUUCACAUGCCCAAUUUGGUUAAGUACUUGAGGCAGCUCAUGAGUAGCCAGUCAGGGGCUAGACAUCUAUGGGUUGGGCAUGUACAUAGAGGAUCCCCUCCAAACCGCCGUAAAGACAGCAAGUAUUUUGUUCCCUAUGAUCUGUACCCCUGGCCGGCUUAUCCAGACUACACGGCUGGAGCAGGAUAUGUAGUUUCAGGGGAUGUGGCCGCUAAGAUCUACACUGCAACUCUGAUGUUGAAAUCCUCCAUCUACAUCGAUGAUGUUUUCAUGGGAAUUUGUGCAAAUGUCAUGGGGGUUUCUCCCAAGGAGCAUGUGCACAUUUCAGGGGAGGGCAAGGCUCCAUACCACCCCUGCAUCUAUGAUAACAUGAUCACAUCACACGGUCAUGCUACAGACGUGCGCUCACUGUGGCAAGCAACAAUAGAUGCUACAGUGUACAGAAGAGGAUUUAAGGGUAAUCUGUACUGCACAGCAGUGAGAGUGAUGCUGCUGUGUCUGCCAUAUUAUCAGACCACAUACCCCUGUAUGGCUGCUUUUACAUAAGAGGUCUUUAGAUGAUGCUCAGCGAGCUGUAUGCUUUGUUUGCUGGUUGUACUAUGUGUUUGCUUUUUGGAACAAAGACUAAAGCUGUUCUGUUAACCAAACAUGAACCUAGUAGUUAUUCAAUCAUUAGCAGAAUUAGGUUUCACAUUUUUUAAGUUCAGGACAAAAGAGGUAAAAAGCACCCAAAGGCUUCUGUUUACAUGAGGAUCUUUUGUCUCGGUGACAACACAUCCACCAGGCUUCUCAUUGUUAUUCACCUGUCAACUCCUGAAGAGGUUUAGUUCUGUCUGGAAAGUCUUACAUAAUUUCUGAACUAGCUGUGAAAUACUAUUAAUUACUAUGCAACUGAAGGAAAUUAAAUCAUUAAAAGACUAUUAAUGUAGGAAUUUUCUGGUUUUCUCUGUUCCAUCGUUAAUAGCUUUGGAUUUAAACUCUUGGUCAGACAAAAGACUUACUCAUAGGCUAAGAAGAUGUAACAAUGAGAUAAUUUGCAGAUAAAUAACAAAAUGAGGUGCUUGUCAAUGGGUCAUUUGUAAUCAUUGCUUAUUUCCGGCAUGCAACUAGAUAAUCCUGUCUAGUCUUGCACCAUUGAUUUUUGAAUCUGUUUUUAAUACUGCUGUGAAUGACUCUCAUCAGGCUGAAAAAAUGCAUCAGGAUUUUCCUAUUGAGACACCAGUCAGAAGAAAAAUGCCACUUCCAGCCAGAUACUCAGCAGCUUUUAAAAAGUUUUGGAUUCAUAAUUUUAACUACUAAGUUAUUUACAAAGGUUUUACAAAAUCCGAGGGUUCCAGGGCAGUUGAUUUACUUGUUUGCCCUUACAGCAUACCUCUUUGUAAGAGAACUUGUUAUUGGUAAAAUAUUAGAUCAUUGGUUCUCAAACUAGGUAUUGCAAGAUCAACUGGGAUGGAAGCCAGUAGACGAUCAUGAUCAGAAAGUGGUAAGUGAAACACAAAAUCAUGUAUCGUACACUGAAUUUUUCUGCAUGAAAUUAUAGUUUUACUUCUUAUUUUCACUAAAAUGUUGGAAAAGAGAUAUCAAGAAGCAGAUGGUCAAACGAAGUCACUGCUUAAUGCCCUGUUUGUUAAAGGAUAUUCAUUUUUAGAAGAAAAAAAAAGUGUAUCAACCUUUAAAUUGAUACUGCAAAAAGUUUACAAAGUAAAAAAAAACUAAUAUUCAUACUUCCAGUAGUUACAGAGAACUGCAAUUAGUCAUCUGAAGUGUUUCUGGCAACAGCAAAAAACUGUAGUUGCUAAAUUCUCAGGUUCAAGGUAGUCCUCAGUAAUGUCUGACUAAUUAAAUUGUGUUUGGUGGAAAACAAUGGAAGCAAUCAGAGUGAAAUUGAAAGCGUAAUGCAGAACACAGGGCAUCAUGUGAGAAGAUUUUCAUAUCCUUUUUCCAAAAUUAUAUUUUACUUGAUCAUUAGCAUAUUUAUCAGCGAUACAAAUGUCACAUGAUAAUAUGUCUACCUGAGGGAUAAUCCUUGAACAUGUCAACUGACAGUAGAUGCAAAACAUAGGUCUUAUUACGGCAAAGAAGUCUAUGACUAAUAUGUGAGGCAGUGAAGAGGAUGUCAGUCAGUGAUGAUUCACUGUCAAAUGUUCAAACACAUGCCACACACUGAUCUGAGUAAAGUCCUGAGGCAGUGACAACAAACACGCAACCAACACUGAAAUGUAUAAGCUAAUAUAUGGCAGUACAAAGUAAAAUUGGAACGACAUGAUGAUGAUAAUGAACAGAGUGUUUACUUUGCAAUUCUGGUAUCCCAUUUACAAUCAAUCAAUCAUAAUUCUGAAAUCCAAUGUGCUUUUUUCUCCUAUCAUGCAGAAGGGCAGUCUAUAUUCAUAUGUUGCAGGAAAAGUAUGUGUUUGUGAGGAAAAUGGGGGAUUACCAGCACGUGAUACUUUAGCCUUUUCAUUGUCAGCUUGGUUUUAGAUUAUCAUUGUUAUGACAGUGGAUGUCUCAACACCACCUGAAGAUUAACCUUGACAAAACUGAACUUCUUUUCCUUCCAGGGAAAGACUCUCCCAUCCACGACCUGACUAUUAACUUUGACAACUCUGUGCUAACCCCCACUCAGACGGCUAGGAACCUGGGCGUAACACUCGACAGCCAACUCUCCCUUACUGCCAACAUUUCUGCAACAACACGGUCCUGUAGAUUCAUGCUGUACAACAUCAGGAGAAUACGCCCCCUUCUCACUCAGAAGGCGGUGCAGGUUCUGGUCCAGGCUUUGAUCAUCUCACGUCUAGAUUACUGUAACUCGCUCCUGGCAGGUCUACCUGCUACUGCCAUCCGACCUUUGCAGCUCAUCCAGAAUGCAGCAGCUCGACUAGUUUUUAACCAACCUAAAUUCACUCACACUACUCCUCUCCUCCGCUCCCUUCACUGGUUACCAGUGGCUGCUCGCAUCCGGUUCAAAACACUAGUACUUGCGUACCAUGCUGUGAACGGAUCCGGUCCAGUCUACAUCCAGGACAUGGUCAAACGUUACACCCCACCAUGUUCACUCCGCUCUGCUUCGGCCAAUCAGCUCGUUGCUCCCUCACUGCGAGCUAAACAAUCAUCAAAAACACGACUGUUUUCCGUCCUGGCUCCUAAAUGGUGGAAUGAGCUCCCCAUUGACAUCCGGACAUCAGAAAGUCUACACAUCUUCCGCAGAAAACUAAAAACAUACCUCUUCCGACUUUACCUUGAAUAAAUAAAAAAAAAAAAAAACACUAACAACUUUUUGAAACUAACACUUUAGUAGCACUUAAAUGGCACUUACUUAUAGCACUUUGUAGUUUUGCUUUAUUUGAAGAAAUUGUAUUUUCUUGAUUCUUGUCGUCCUUGGUAUGUACCCUCGGGUUUGAAUGCACUUAUUGUAAGUCGCUUUGGAUAAAAGCGUCAGCUAAAUGAAAUGUAAUGUUAUCAGAGUGACAUGAAUUAAUGUCUGUUUUGUUUGGUUCUUUUUGUAUGUUCAUACACGAUACAAUCUCUGUGGUUAAUCUGUUUACUGUUUAACUAAACUAAAACAUAACAUUACAUAUUACGCUCUUAAAGGAGAAUUUAUCUGUUAGAGUUCUUUUAUUUUGAUUUCUCUCACCCAUCAGUCCACCCCCCCUGUCUUGCUCUCACUCUGUUCAUUCAUUUCCUGUGACCAUCCAUCUUCUCUCACCCCUUCUGCAUCCUGUUAAACAGCGGUAUCUCUGAAGAUUAAUGCUGAUACAUGUAGAAUCACCUUGGCCUAAAGCAUGGUCAUCAUCUUCGCCAUGACCUUAUAAGGAUUUUUUAGUUUUGUUGCCUCUGGGGGAGGAUCAUAUAUUCACCAUAUGAUACAAAUUAAUAGGUUGAUUUUUAUUCUAUAGUUAAGAAACACCUACAAACCUUGUUCAACUAAUUCUAAAUAAAAUUUCAGAUGCAGCCUCAUCUGACCCAUUGGUUUGAGAUGUUGCUCCUGUAAGCAGGGACACUGAUGAAAAUAAUCAGACACAAGCAUUCCUGCUGUUAGAUGUUCUCACCUGCGUCUGUUGGACAAACUUUCCUCUGUCUCGUUCGUUAACACGACGUGGGUGGAACCUCCUUGGCUUUCCUCAUGCAUCACCUCAAUCUGUGACAAACAAACACAGACACAAUCAUGCAGCAUAAAUUUAGUUUUGUUUUGCAUUUGUCUAAAGUGCAGAUGUGGAACUACAAUGUAAAGAGAAAAAUCUGUUUAUGUUGUAUGUUUGGUUUUUGUGAAUGGUGCUUUUAAAUAAAAAAAUUCCUUAGCGGGGUAUGCAUUACGGUG